UUUUUUUUUUUAGAAACUCAGAUAAUAUAAUAAGUACAUGUUGUUCAAAAAUAAAUAAAUAAAUAAGUACAUAUUAUUCGGAAAAAAGAAAUACAGGCACUAUUUUUGGCUAUUAGAGUGGUUAACAGAGUACCGGCUGAGCUCCAUUUCAGUUUCUCAACUUCAAAUUAGGGUUUCCAGCUACUUCUCCUCUCUCUUUUCUUUUUCCGAAGAAGGCAUGCUCGGCGGCCGUAGAGAUGGACCGUUGAUGAGGGAGAAGGGCCACACCGGAAGCGGAUCACGAAUCGCUAUAGCAAUUGUGAUCGGAAUACUUCUCGGCUGCGUGUUCGCUGUGCUCUACCCUUAUGGAUUAUUCGUUUCCGAUUCGAUUACUCAAAAUCGUCGAAUCGAUCGCCACUCGGAUCUUCAGAAAAGUUUGCCAUCAUGCGAGUCAUCGGACAAGAUUGAUGCCCUGAAAUUAGAGAGUCAAUCACUUUCGAAUACGAACUCAGAGUUGCAGAAACAGGUCAGAGAUCUGAGUGGGAAGAUACGACUAGCUGAACAAUUAAAGGAUCAUGCUGAGAAGCAGGUUUUGGUGCUUGGCAAUAAGCCUCAUAAAGCUGGGCCAAUGGGUACUGUCAAAGCCUUGAGGACCAAUCCAAAUGUCAGUCCUGAUGAAUCUGUAAAUCCAAGAUUGGCUAAUAUUUUAAAGAAAUUCGCAGUUCAAAAUGAGAUUAUAGUUGCACUUGCAAAUUCAAAUGUUAAAAGCAUGUUGGAAAUCUGGUUUAAUAGCAUCAAAAAGGUUGGCAUCACAAAUUAUUUGGUUGUAGCCCUUGAUGACGAGAUUGUAGAUUUCUGCAAAUCCAACGAAGUUCCUUUCUACCAAAGAGAUCCAGAAGACGCUAUUGAUUCGAUUGCAAAAACAGGAGGAAACCACGCCGUAUCCGGAACAAAAUUUCGCAUCUUGAGAGAGUUUUUACAAUUGGGUUACAGUGUUCUUCUAUCAGAUGUGGAUAUAGUUUACUUACAGAAUCCAUUUGAUUUUCUUCAUCGCGAUUCAGAUAUCGAAUCUAUGACGGAUGGUCACGACAACAUGACAGCUUAUGGGUACGACGAUGUAUUUGAUGAACCAUCAAUGGGUUGGGCUCGUUAUGCGCAUACAAUGAGAAUAUGGGUUUUCAAUUCUGGGUUCUUUUACAUACGUCCAACACUUGCUUCGAUUGAGCUUUUGGAUCGUGUGGCUGGAAGGCUUUCACGAGAACCCAAUUCAUGGGAUCAAGCUGUUUUUAAUGAAGAGUUGUUUUAUCCUUCGUAUCCUGGGUAUGAAGGUCUUCAUGCUGCUAAAAGAACCUUGGAUUUUUAUCUUUUCAUGAACAGUAAAGUCCUGUUCAAGACGGUUAGGAAUGAUUCUAAGUUGAGGAAGUUGAAACCAGUAAUUGUUCAUGUAAAUUACCAUCCGGAUAAACUUCCAAGAAUGAAAGCUGUUGUUCAGUUCUAUGUUAAUGGAGAACAAGAUGCACUAGAUCCUUUCCCAGAGGGUUCUGACUGAUCAUCUUCUUUGUUUUGUUUCUGACCUUUUAUAUGCUUUGAUAGGCUUACAAAUUCACGUGCUACGACAAAACUUGGGUCAAUUUUAUUGCAGGUUUGUUCAUGGGGCCCUUCCAAUUACUUUUAUUAGUUUUUUAAAGAAGACUUGCAUUGAGAUCUGAGUGGGGCACUGCCAUCCGCCAUGUUUUUUGUUUUUUUCUUUUGAUUAUUAUAAAAUAAAUAAAUAAAAAAUAUAUAUUUCGUGUAA